CCGCCCCUGGUCACGUGGAGGAAGUUGCUCUGGAGCCAUGAAGGAGGCGGGCGUGUCGCUUGGGCCCACGGAGCAGACUGUGCUGCUGAACAGUGGAACCCGAAUGCCCCUGCUUGGCAUGGGCACUUUCCGCCUGCAGGGGUCUGAGCUGGUGUCCCAGUGCGUGGAAGCUGCCCUAGCCCAUGGCUACCGCUCCUUUGACACAGCUGCUGUCUAUGGCAAUGAGGCUGCGAUUGGGCAGGCGCUGGGGGCCCUGUUGCCCCUUCAUGGCCUAGCACGCUCUGAUGUCUUCCUCACCACCAAGCUGGGUCCGCGGGACCAGGGCAAGGCGGAAGCUGAGGCCGCCUGCCUGCGGAGCCUGGAGCAGCUGGCCUGUGGCUACCUGGAUCUCUAUCUCAUCCACUGGCCAGGCACACAGGGCAAGCCUCAAGGGGACAAGGGCAACCGGGAGCGGCGCUGGGAGAGCUGGCGGGUGCUGGAGGAGAUGCACCAUGCUGGGCACCUGCGUGCGAUAGGUGUUUCCAACUACACCCUGGGACACCUGCAGGAGCUGCUGGCCCACAGCCGGGUGCCGCCGGCUGUGCUGCAGGUGGAGUUCCACCCAGAGCUGCCCCAGCGGGAGCUGUGGAACUUCUGCCAGCAGCAUGGCAUCCAUCUCCAGGCUUAUGCCUCACUGGGCUGUGGGCAGCUGUUGGGGCGGGCAGAGGUAGCGCGGGUGGCGGAGCGCCAGGGGCGUACCCCUGCCCAGGUUCUUCUACGCUGGGCACUGCACCAGGGUGUGGGGGUGAUCCCCAAGUCUGUCAGUCCCACCCACCUGGCUGAGAAUGCCCAACUUUGGGGCUGGGACCUCAGCCCGGAAGACAUGGCUGAGCUGGGGAUGAUGGACUGCAGCAGGCACUACUGUUGGGACCCCAGUGGAGUGACAUAAAGUGGAAGGUGCAUAUGUGUGGGGGGAGGCAGGGUCAGAGGCAUUGUUUUGGGGUAAGCAUGUGUGGAAGGGGGCACUGUUGCAGGGGGGGAGGGAUGAUGGAAAGAACUUAGGUGGUAGCAGGCACAUGUGGCUGGAGAGGUUGGUGCUGUAGGAGGGGGAGAGGGUGGCAGGUAUGCUUGGUUGGGCAGUGGUGCAAGAGGGGGACAGGUUGGCAGAUGUGUAUGGCUAUGGUAGGGGGGACACUGCAGAAGGGAGACUAGUUGGUACGCACAUGUGGUCAGGCGUGGUACUGAAGAAGGGGAGGGGCCGGGGGAGGUAGGUGCAUGUAGCUGGAGGGUAGUGCUGUGGAUGGGGGAGGCAGUGCUGCCGUGGGGAAGCACAGUGGCAGGUGUGUGUGGUUGUGGGGAUGGUGCUGCAGGACAGGGAAUGGUGGUAGGUGUGUGUGGCUGGGGCUGGGAAGGCAGUGGGGAACAUAGGCAUCUGUGUUUGUGCCUAGGAUUUGGAAGGGGGCACCUGUGACAGUGGCUGUACCACCACAACAGAGAUGCAAUAAAAACUAAUGCAGGCA